AGCGCCUCCUCGUGGCAGUUGAGGGGCUGUGUGGCAGCGGCUGCGGGCAGAAAGAGAUGCUGGUGGUGUUACUGGUGGCGGCGACGACUAUCUUGCGGCUCUGCCCGCUGGCCAGAGCUCAGCCGCUAUGCCGAAUUCGUACGGUGAGGACAGGAAAAGUGUUUUACGUCGGAGAGCAAAUUCAAGGGGGUCACCUGUAUUUUUCAUCUGGGACAACUCGCUUGGUUAAGCAUCCUUGCAAGAAAAACAUAGCCCUGUAUCUAGGAAGACAAAUUUUUCUCACGAAGGAUAACUUUGAGAGUAGUCUCCUUCCAUUUUCCAUCCCUACAUCAAUGCAGGUUGGCAUACCAGAAGUAACAUCAGCCCAUUUUGCUGGUUCAGUGUUGCUGUUAGUAGUGAAUUGGAACGUCUAUGUUUAUGAUUAUGAAGCCAAUUCCUGGAAUGCAUCUACAGGUAUAGAACACCCUGUUUCACAUAUUUCUGGUGACAACUGUUGUUACAGUGAAAAUUCCUUUUGCAUGGAUAUAAGUAACUCGGUUUUUGCUUAUCUGCAUGGAGAUCAGAUAUCUCAAACCAAUAUCUAUUUCUCAAAUACCCGGGGCUACAGAUUUCAGAAGUAUGCCCAGGAAAGACAGGCAGAACUAGUCGGAUCCUUGGGUGGGAUCUUCUACUUUCAUUCCUUGUCACAGGUUGGGCUGCUUCUUGUUGACCAACGGAAGGCUAUGUUCAGCUACUCAGACCACCCCCUGAACCACAGUUUCGGGCUGCCCUUUGACUACAAUGGGACCCUUGACACCCUCAUCGCCCCAGGCCAGAAAGGCAUCCUGAUCUUCUGGUUUGAGAAGAGCCUGCUGCUUUCCCGAAAUGCAGGUCAGCUGGUCAACCCUGUCCAGGUGCGGGAAGGACAACACAUCUUGUAUUCUUCCAUCUUUGAAGCCAACAUCACCAUCCACAGCAUUGCUGCCAAUGAAAAUGAACUGGCUGUUUUAACUCGGGAGAAUAAUUUAUACUAUGGCAGCCUGGGCAUCCUGUCGAGUUCUCUAAUCAAAUUUGCAGACCAAAACAUCUGGUCUGAAGAGGCGGUCCUGAUGUUCACUGACGUGGGGAUGCUUGAAAUACUGACCCCGCUUCCUGACAUGAUCUUUCCAGCUUUCGAUUUCCAGAAGUGCCCCGUGAACAUCCAGGCCAUUCUCAUGGAUUCCCAACUCCAAGUUGAUGUCUGCCAAGUGGAACUUCUGCAGGGAGAAUUUGAAAACAAAAUGUAUACCAUUGACAUGAACAGCGAGUUGGAGUUGACGGCCCUGAUGAUACCGCGGCCCCGCACAUCAGCAGUCCCACUGGUGACGGUGAGCAACCCUCACUCCCUGGGGCUGCAGGCUGUCAUCUACGAGGACGGCUACACCUACGACGGGAACACCAAGCACCGACUGAAUAUUUCCCUGAGGCAGCAGCACCACUGGGGCAGGGCUGACCCCAACUUCACCUCCAGCAUAAAGAGACCCACGAUAUCAACCAUCACUCUGGACAUAGCCAACAAAGAAAUUUCGUGUGUGGACCUUAAGCCACUGACGGCGCUCAUUUCAGUCGGUUGUGACCUGGAGAAGAAGAUUGUCAUUCAGAAUGAAAUCUCAGCCUGUUACAACGGCAUCCUCGACCCCGUGGCCCUUCAGGACAACUAUAGCUACAUCAUUGAGAGGGACGCCUACGACCCCAACUUCCGGGGACAGAAGGCCAUGGAGGACCUGGAGGUGCCUUACCACUACGAGAAGCUGGGGUGCCCCCUCCUUGUCUACUACGACACCCCAUGGAAGCCGGUGGUGGAGCUGUGGCGGGAAGGAAAGUUCCAGGAGGUGGUCGAGGCUGAGUACGUCCUGCUGGAGGUGAAUGGGCUGUUCACAUACACGUACUCCCUGACGGCUGACAUGGCCCUCUGCAGUUCCCAGCCACAGAACUGGACCACCAUCGCGGAGGCGGCUGGUGACAAAGGGCCCUUCGCCUGGGACCGAGAGAAUUACGUGAGCUGCCAUGACCCUGACAACAAUGCACCGUUGAGAUGGCCCAAAGUCCCGUAUCAGAUCUUGGGAGGCCCAACAGAGAACAAGGUCGUUUUCGACCAAAGGAACGGCAUCUACAUCUUCUUCAUUUCCAUUGUGGAUCCAUACUACAGCUACUGUCACCUGGAGACCACCUUCAGCGUCUAUGUGUACGGGGCCUUCCCGCUGCCCGUCUUCCCGCCAGAGGUCACCAUUCUACUGCUCACCGGGGCCACCCUGCUGUCCGUGUGGCUGGCCUACAUGACCCCGAAGCUCCUGCACACCGAGCAGGGCCUCAGGGUCAAGGGCUUCUGGACUUGGAUUUCCCCAAAUUCCGAGUCUAGGGCUCCCUCACUCCACUCUGGAGGCCUGGCACCGAAGAGGCGCCGGGGUCCCAAGGGGCCUCCCCCUGUGGCCCGAGGCCCGCUGGACAAUGGGGCGGGCGAGGGGACAGCCAACGGCCCCUGA